UUGCAGUGUAGGCUGUAUUCUUCACCAUGGGGUAAACCUUGCCAGGUCACUAUGUUGACACAAUGCUCUGAUCACUUGCACAGUGGAAAGCGCUUCCCUGUUCCUGAGAGCCUCCUGGAUUGUGCAACUGUCCAGCCUUACAUGCACAACUAUCUUGUCACCUUGCAUGAAGGAAGACACAUAUAUCAGUUUUGCGUUUUCUUCAAGCAACACUGCCAUCUGAGAACCAAUCCACUUCUCAGCAGCAUUGACCACAUAUUUUGA